ACUACACUUACAUCACCAACCAAUUAUUUCCAUGUAUCAACACAUCACAUGUGAUAUAUAUAAAUAAUCGUGAUUUUGUUACAUUUUUCAUUUUCAACAAAGUCGAUUGAUAUUUUCGCGCACUGUUUAUAUUGCUUCCUAAUUAUUUGUACACUUAAGGCCGGUUUUCUCGUUAAUUUGUUUUUUUUUCGAAGUGCGACUUUCUCAUUAAAAAAAUAUAAACUGUUAACUACGACGGAUAUUCGUUAAAGCCUUGCAGUCUUUAAGAAAAGUGGAAGAAGUCAACACGACGAAGGAAGGUGCAGAUGUUUUCCUUUUUUUUUAUUAAAUUUGUGUUGAUAAUUGUACCGUGAAUUUUUUAACUUGUGUUAUUUUUACCAAAACUAAAAAUAAUUAACCAUUUCUUGUUACAUAUUAGUUGUUUUAUUUUAUUUAAAAAAAUAAUCCCAAAACAGGCAUUUUGAGGGUAAGUUUAUAAAAAUAGGGGACUCAAAGGUAAUGGAGAACAUUUCAAUUGCUUCGGUAACUCAAGGUCAUUGAUUUACAUGACAAUUGCUGCACAUCUAGAGAUGUUUCAACUGUGAAAUUAAAGCAAUUCAACGUAUGUAAGCAUCGGAGAAUCAUGAAAACGUGAGAGUUGAGAUUAUAUCCAAAUAUAACGAAAUAUAAUGUAAAUAAUUUGGUUCCUUUUUGUUAUGUAGACAGUUUGUUUUAUACUAGUUUCUACAAAUAUAUAUUAAUUAGCAUUGAUAGAUGCACAAGGUUUCCAUUUUUUUUUUCAUGACGAAACUAUAAAUAAGCGUGCUAAUUGUUGCUCGCCUAACAUUAGUAAAGGCGAUUGGAGCGAGUCAGACUACAGUAAAACGGAAAUUCUUUCUAGUUUAGGUUGCAUAUGUACCUUUCUGAUGAUAUCAAAAUCGCUUUAUUGAUUGAUUUAUGAUUUUGAAACAAAAUGCACAGUAUUAAGUUUAUAUCUAUACAUCUACUCCUUCCUAUGAUAUAUACUUGUUUUAUGUAAGUAUAGAAAAAUAACGUUUUAUUUGUAGAAGAGGUGGGCUUAUCAGGCGUGAUAAGCGGUGAUUCGAUAGUACCAGGUGACGAUGCCAACGAAGGAUCGGCUGAGCGAAUUGCAGGAGGAAGCUCUUUUCGUGGAGAAUGAAGGUAAAAAGAAAAGUAAAAAGAAAUCUUCGACGGAAAAUCAGCGUCGGAGCGUCUUCGAAGAACCGGAGAUCGUAACGCAAUGGAUCAAUACCAUCGAGAGAAACACCGACGAUUGCGAGCGGAUUCUGAGCAGCUUAGCAAAUGUAACAUCCGCAAAAGAACAGGAGAAAUUGUACUCGACUUUCAAGGAUUCCGAGGCAAUUUCGUACAACAUUGCAACGAAGUUGAAGAAAUUUCGUGAAGACCUGAAUAGCGUUGAACCAGAAAAACGAUCUACCAAUUACAGAAUGAAAUAUGUCCAAUAUAAUUUGAUAAAUUCUCGAUUCAAGAGCGUUUUAGAGAAGCACCAGAACUGCGUGCAGAAACAUCACGACAUCAGGAAAGAGAUUCUACAAAAAUGCAAUGCAAUAGUAAGCGGAAAAGCGUUCAGCGAGGAAGAUUUAAAUAAUGAUUUAGAUUCGGUGGAAUGUCAGAUGUUUAUACAAGAUUAUCUGAAAGAAGAAAAGGAAGCUCGCGAACAAUUGAUUGAUAUAGAAGCCAGACAUAAAGAACUUUUAACAAUAGAGUCGCAUUUGAUGGAAGUUAAAACUUUGUUCAUGAAGAUGGCUGUUUUAGUCGCAGAACAGCAAGAGAACAUAAACCGUAUUCAAUACCAUGCCGAGAAUGCGAACGAGUACCUAGGUCAAACUGUUAAAGAUUUGGAAAGUGCUAGAAGAAGAAAGAAAAAACAUCGAAAAUGGACCACGGUCGCAAUCAUUGCCGGAAUUGUUAUUUUUUUAAUUAUUUUGCUAAUAAUAUUUGUUUGACAUCAUUUAGUUUAAUUGGAUUUUUAAAUGUCCAAUUGCGAGUUAGUAAU